AGUCAUCCCACCAAAGGAUCAAGAUUCACUUCUGCUGCGGAUAAAAAAAAAAAGGGAUUCACUUCCUAGUUUUCAGCCCUUUAAAUACCUCUUUGCAAUACAAGGAACUCAUCAACCCAAGUUAGCAUAACUUCCUUAACAACCUAGUAUUUCAGACCAUUCUUCUUGAUCAGAAUCCUUAUUAAUCAUCAAUCAUGCAGACUUCACUUCUUCAAAUUGUUGGAACUCCAGUAAUCUCAGCAACAUAUGAUCAGCUUCAAAAGUCAGUUAACAGAUACUUACCUGGUCCUGCCACUCAAUGUCAAUAUUCAACCACAACAUCAAAGCAAAUGAGGCUGAGGACAAAUAUAUCUGAAACUGUUAAGAGAAAGAUAAGUUUAGGGGCUCGCAUUCUUCGAGUUGGUGGAGUGGAAAAAGUGUUCAAGCAGUUUUUUAGCAUGGAAGAAGGGGAGAGGCUGUUGAAAGUUUCCCAAUGUUAUCUUUCCACCACAUCUGGUCCUCUAGCAGGUUUCCUCUUCAUCUCCACUGACAAGGUUGCCUUCUGCAGUGAGAGAUCAAUGAAAGUCUUUACUCGGAAAGGUCAUAUGUUGAGGAUUCGUUACAAGGUUGCUAUUCCACUAAAGAAGGUCAAGUGUGUUAACCAAAGUGCUAAUGCUCAGAAGCCGACACAGAAAUACAUAGAGAUUGUCACUGAGGACAACUUUGAUUUCUGGUUUAUGGGUGUCUUAAAAUAUCAGAAAACUUUCAAAUAUCUUGAGCAGGCAGUUUCUCAAGCAUAGUAGAGAUACUUGAGUAGCAAAAUCCACCAUUCAAACUUGAAGAUUCAUGUUGUCAGGACAAACACAAAGAUACAAAGGACGAUCAGAAACAAACUAAAAUUUGGCGGCUCUCAUGAAGAUGUUGAGCUUCGUCUCUGAUAAAAGGGAUUUCACUUCAUUGUAUAUAUCCAUCCUACUGGACACAACAUUUGACCUGUGAUAAUAGCGAAUGGAUGUGGUUCAUAUCAGUUGAAUUGCAGACUUGGCUUUCAUCAUAUCUCGUUGUGAAUGAAAGAGUUCACUGUUUGGAGAUCAUUUGUUGCAGAAUCCAAACUAUAUGUGCAUUAUUUGGACCAGAAUGCUUUUUGAGGAAGCGAUGGGCUUAUGUUAGAACUCUAUGAAGGGAGAUUAAUGUAGAAGGAAAACUGUUAGCUUCGUUCUCAAACGUACAAGUUUGAGGCUCAAUUACACAUUGAUUCAUUAUAUAAAUGUUUUAAGAACCUGAGUUAGUAAUUCAGCUUGUAUUUAUAACAUCUAACUUUCAGUGAAAUUUGAGUAUAAUUAUUUAAA